UUUCUAGGGACGGGACCCUGUCAUGUUUCACUGAUCGACCCCUCCCGACCAGCGAAUGACAAGUGUGCAUUCGAGGGUGGGGCUUGCCUCAGUCUCUCAUAAUUGGCUGCUGGAUGGAAUUAAGGUGAAUGGAACACAUGCCCAAGGAGCAGGACUCUAACCCAUCAGAGGGAGAGGAGAAAGGGUGGCUCAAUGGCCCGAAAAGGAAGAGGAAGAACAGCCAAUGUUCAGUGAAGAGUAUGACUGUUGUCUCUAAUUUAGGGUAUAUACCCAGCUACCUCGAAAAGGAUGAGCCAUGCGUGGUGUGUGGCGACAAGGCCACAGGUUACCACUACCGCUGCAUUACAUGCGAGGGCUGCAAGGGAUUUUUCCGCAGGACCAUACAAAAGAACCUCCACCCCGCCUACUCCUGUAAGUAUGACUGCUGCUGCAUCAUCGACAAGAUCACCCGCAACCAGUGCCAGCUAUGCCGCUUCAAGAAGUGUAUCGCAGUGGGCAUGGCAAUGGACUUGGUGCUCGAUGAAUCGAAGCGGGUUGCUAAACGGCGGCUGAUUGAGCAGAACAGGGAGAAACGCAAAAAGGAGGAAAUGGUGAAGACCCUCCAGAACCGUCCAGAGCCCACAGGGGCCGAGUGGGAGCUGAUCCGCCAUGUCACGGAGGCCCAUCGACACACCAAUGCUCAGGGUGCACAGUGGAAACAGAAGCGAAAAUUCCUGCCGGACAAAAUUGGCCAGUCCCCGGUUACCCCCACAUCAGAUGGAGACAAGGUGGACCUGGAGGCCUUCAGCGAGUUCACCAAGAUCAUCACUCCUGCCAUCACUCGCGUCGUCGACUUUGCCAAAAAACUGCCCAUGUUCUCUGAGCUGCCUUGUGAAGACCAGAUCAUCCUGUUGAAGGGCUGCUGCAUGGAGAUCAUGUCACUGCGAGCUGCCAUCCGCUACGAUCCCGAGAGCGAGACGCUCACGCUGAGCGGGGAGAUGGCUGUGAAGCGCGAGCAACUGAAGAACGGCGGCUUGGGCGUGGUGUCGGACGCCAUCUUCGAUUUGGGCAAGAGCCUGGCACAGUUCAACCUAGAUGACACGGAGGUGGCGCUGUUGCAGGCCGUGCUGCUGAUGAGCUCAGACCGCUCCGGCCUGACCUGUGUGGACAAGAUCGAGAAUUGCCAGGAGACCUACCUGCUGGCGUUUGAGCACUACAUCAACUACCGCAAGCACAACAUUCCCCACUUCUGGCCGAAGCUCCUGAUGAAGGUGACGGACCUGCGCAUGAUCGGGGCGUGCCACGCCAGCCGCUUCCUUCACAUGAAGGUGGAGUGUCCCAACGAACUCUUCCCUCCGCUCUUCCUGGAGGUCUUCGAGGACCAGGAGGUGUGACACGCAUCUGCGACCAUGCGCGUGGAAGAGGAAGCUGGUGCUAAACGGUAGAUGGGGAAGGGCCAUCGGUUUUUUGGUAGGGGAAGGAUGGAGGGAGAGAGAGCCCUCUCGGCAGGAAUCUGCUUUUCUCCGCCGUCACAUUUACCGCAUGUGAUUUGGAAAAAAAAAAAAACUGGAAACAAUAAUAGCAAAAACAACACACCAGCAACAGGAGAGUCGAGCAAACAAAGGAGUUUGUCUUUUUGAACACCCUCUCCUCCACCUCUUUCCCUUCCUUUUACUUACCCCAGUUUUAAAUCCGUGUGGGGGGCCCUUCUGUCUGAGCAUGAUGUCUUAUCUAGCAAGAGUUGUAGCCAUUUGCCAAGACACACACACACACACACAACACACACAAACACACACAAACACACACACAGCCUGUUCCACCUCAGUUCUUCAGAGCAGAGCUCUUUGCACGGGUCUGUUCCCUCUCUGUUUUUUGUAGCGGUCAAAACUUCACAUGUCAUGAAUUCAGUGUCUCUUCAGCAUCAGUGCUGACCAGCACCUCUCAGUAUUAUUCAUGAGUAAAGAGAUGAGAAAGUAAGGUCAACAACACUCCACCUUCAUGCAGGCACACACACACACACAUAUAUAUAUAUAUACAAUCAGCAAACACUGCACAUUGAAAUUUCAGUAGAUGUUAAUUCCUCUAGUGUUUCACACAGCUUUAGUAAAGCUGCCAGACCUAUUUGUUACCAAUUUUUCAACUCAAUCUGAGCCGUUACAGCUGUUUUUGGAGCUACUUCUUCUUAGAUCUCUGUGAAACCGGUGCUAUAUUUAUAUCAGGCUACUCCAGUUUAAUGAAACUUGUGUUGUCAACCUUUGAAAAACCGCGCAGACCGUGGCUCCAUAUCUACCUUCAUUUUAUGUCAUUGGACCGGCUCCUGUGACAUGUAGUACACAUUACACACACACACACACACACACACACAUACUGACACAUAUAAGCAGACUUGCCUAGUCACUGCUCACGCUGCUCAUGCCAGCAGCCCGGCAUCUUAUGAAUAACAAUUAAGCCCUUCUCUGUCUCUCGCACCAAGGAGUUACUGCAACGAUAGAAGGGAGAGACACUUGGAGGCGGAGAGGCGGUGGGGGGGGGGGAACUAGAUUUAAUAGCUGGAGUGUAAAUUCAGAGCCAGGGGUCGAGAGUAAAUCUUGCAAACCCGGCCUCCAAAAAGGUUUUGAAUAGCAGCAACCACCAGCAGGACCGCAAAGCUCAUCUGACACACACACACACACAUUUUCUCUGUCUCCUUUGCUCUCCCUCUCUCCUACACACAAACACACACACACACACACACACACACUUUAACACAUAUACAUAAAAAAGACAACAUCACCUCAGAGUAACGUGAAUGCCUCAUUUUACUGUAUUCACUGCGUGGCAGUGUCGAUAUACAGCCCUAACCUGCAGGGUUUGUACAGAGUCCUCUCCUCAUGGACUCAGCUCAGUGUGGCCCCUCCAGGCUUCCAUACACAUUUGCCUUUUUUUUUUACCAUGGGCAUCACUGAGAGCAGGCAAAUGCCAAGAAGGCUACCAUUUACCUCAAUGUGGACACACCCCUAGGCUGGGGCAGCAAUACUGCCCCUGUGGUUUCAGGCACUACCUCACCUCUGUGGGCACAGGGCAGCUGCCCACAGCCUCCACACAGACAUAAUCCAUUCAAGUUGACGCAUGUGUUGCUGAACACACAAAAUGUGCAGAUUUUUUUUUGAUUUUUUUUUUUUUCCUCGUGUAGAUGCACACUUGCAGUCACGGAAAGACAAAACACUCACAGCAUACGUACACACACACCCUCAGUGCUAUCACUUGGUUAAAAAAAGAAAAUGAAAUACCACUGAAGACAGGAGGGCCUGCCAUCGCCCUGGAAGCUCUUACCAACUCCAGGGAAUGGUACCCAUUACAUUCGGGUUAUUUCUUUUUUUCUUUUUUUUUUUUGUUAUAUGGGACCAAGUGUCAUCUUUUGAAAAUUUGGAUUUACUUAUUUCUGAAAAGAAGCAACGAAGGACAGCGUGGAUGUCCGGCCCUGCUGACACCCAAGGAUAAGGAUAAGAUGAGCGAUGAAGAGUAAUUGAAAACCAGUGGUGGCUACGUCCGUUGAAUUAGUAUGUAUAGACGGGGCAGUUUCUGUCUGCGACAUGGUGAUCUUCCACAGUUCACCUAUGAUGUCGGCCAUUGGGUCUUGAUAUAAUAUUCUAAUGGAAAUGAAUUUUUUUCCCCAUGCAUGGACAGUGCACUAGGACUUAAAGUAAAAAAAAAAAAAAAGAUGGGAUGUUUUCAACUGAAAUGAAACGCCGUAGUUCCAUGCACUUUACCAAUGCUCACAACUAAAUCACUAAUAUCUUGUGAGGGAGAAUCCAACUGCGAUGAUCGUAGUGUAUUAGCCAAAUGACCGUACAAGAAUAUGGAUUUGAUUUAAAGAAAAAUUUUAAAAAAAUAAAUAAAAGCCCAAUCUGUUCAUUCCAAUUCUGGGGCCAAGCCAAAACUAACUGGGUUUACCACUCAUACAAGAAGAGAAUGAGAAGAGAGACUAAGAAAAAUCUGUUUUAUAUCCAAUGUCGAGCAGUAGUUCAUACUGGGCACUUGUACAGGACGGGUGAAAAUGCACCCCUCAGAAGAACCUGCACAGUGGAACCUGUAGCAGGAAUCAUGGGGGACUGUCACAGACGGCGAAGCGUGGCUGCUUCAAGCAGCGCCGGUGAGAGAGGGAAGAAAUGGAGCACCACCUCGGGGGCACAAUGGGCAGAGUUUGGUCUGACUCUCAGAAGAAGAAUCCACCUCCUUAAAGCACUUCACCACUUCCAGAGAUCCAUCCCCUGCCCUGGCUUACCCAUCCUUACUCUAGCCCAUGACAGUGCUCCUUGUGGAGCCUUGUUCUGUUGAAUUGCACCCCCACCUUUAUGAAAGCCCCCCACCUAGCCUGGCUGGUGGAAUUUUUGCACUACUGCGUCCUCCCUCAUAAACCCCCUUCCCCAUUGAAAUUAAACCAUUUAAACCAUUGUCCCAUGUUGGAUUACACAAUUUAAUUAAAUUCCCCCCUCGCCCUAAAUGGGGCAUGCUGACCUGCUCUGUGUAACAGAGACUGGCAGUUGCAGUGGGCUCAGUCCCAAACCUGUCUUGUUGUCAGUAUUAGACCAACAGCACACGACCGUCACCCCUAACCCAACCAGGGAAGGAGAUCCCUGUGUCGAGGAGAUGGGAAAGCUGUUUAGCUUUUUACCAAUUCUCUCUGUAGAGCUCAUCUUCUUAUCAUCGUCCUUCAGGUAGAGUCAGUCCAGUGGCUUGUCAAAUUUGGAGCCCUCCUUCAGACAGAUCCCUCUUCAAUGUCAACCUCUCUCCCCCUCCCUCCCUCUUUCCCCAAGCACCCGAGCUAUCUUACCCCCUCACCUCUAGGUGGGUUGUCCCUAGUUUGACCCUGAAUCAUUGAAACCAAAUUGGGAUCCAGGCCUCUCCCUUGUGAGACAAGGCUGGCCAUAAUUGCCCUUAAGAGUGGCGCCACCGAAUGAAUGUGAAAGGCAAAGCAGCAGCGAAACCUCAACAAGAGACUUGAGCGCGAGAAUGUGAGGAUGUAAGAGAAGAAGAAGACGCGGGACGGGAGACAAAAAAAAAAAAAAAAAAAGCUGAGGGUCUCUACCCUCACUGCCAUCACUGACAAUGGGGGUGAGCGAGGGUGACGUGGACGGUUGUAGAGACAAUUUUAACAAACACUGGGAAGAAGGAGGCGGCAGUACGGUCUCCCCUUCACUUCCAACAACAGCCCCACGUGAGCCCCCCGCUCCUAUGUCAGCUGGGAACGCCAAAUGUCCCCCUGCAGCUCCCUCAGAAAGGAUAACCUCCAACGUUCAUACGGUGAGGAUCAGGAAGCAAUCCAUUCCAGAGAUUCAAGGUUUGGAAUUCCAAGCCGCCUUGGUUAAAAGAACUUGAAAAGCAGGAGGAAGAAAAAAAAAGAGAAACAUUGACAUCCUUUCUUCUUGUGAGCUGACUGGGUAUGUGUGUGACAGUAGGGGUUAUAAUGCUGCUUUAGAGUGAGAAAAAAAAGGUAUAUGAAAUGAUUAUAAAUCCAUAAAAGAGAUGACUUUGAAAAAAGAGACUCCUGAAUACAAAUUACUGGGGAUUUUUCUUUUUAUCAUUUUCUUAUUUUAUUUUUUUUUUUCUGUUGUUUUUUUGACGCUUAAACUGCUCUGUGUAAAAGAGGGAAAAAAGAGCUGUCGUCACUUUUUGACCAUGCGUGCAGUGUAGUAAUAGAGAAUAUUUCACUUCUUUUUUCACAUCUAUAGUUUGUGUUGAGAAGCCAACUGAUCUGUUUUGUCUGUGUGUGUCUGUCCAGUUGUCCGUCCCCUCUUAUCAGGAGGAAUUUUCAACCAACAACAAAACAGGAAUUUCUUCUUCUUCUUCUUUUUACAUGUUUGUUUUUUUAUGAAAUACAACUUUGGAGAAAAAAAAAACACAAACAGGAAGAAAAAAAAUGCAACAGGAACUGAAAAUACGAAAAAAAAAAAAAAAGUAAAACUCAACAAUCUUGUCAUACCUCACUCAACACAAAACUCAAAGGAACUUGGGAGGAGUCAUAUUCAGCAGGCACAUGUGAAAGUUCAGUGAUGCAUAUAUAAAGAUUUAAAAAAAAAACAGAACAAAACAAAUGUAUAUGUUAAGAUAAUAAUGUGCUUGUGUGUACGCAUCAGUUAGAAGUUGCGAAAGGACUCUUUCCCUCAAGCUUUGGCGCUCUCUAUCUUAAUGAUUUGUAUCUCGGGAAACGAGUGGAGACGCGAAAGAAAACUAUCCGAGCCCGGAAAACGGCGCAGUCUACAGACGGUUAACUCAAAAUGUGAAUGGCCCAGAGACUGAGGGACAGAGACCUUUGUCAUGGCUGAGUGUUUUAUGGUAUUGAAUGUAGCUGACAGGAGGGGGCUGGACCUGAGCCUGGCACCCACAACCUAACUUCCACACACCAGCAGCAAGGAUAGUGGUGUCACACCGAGGUUACAAAUGACCAACGAAACUGAGAAUAUAUAUUGCCCGUCUGCAAGGUGCAAUACUAUGUUAUGUAUUUUUGUAUGUUUUUUUUCUGUUUUUUUGUUUUGUUUUUAUUUUUACAUUUUAAUUUUGGCCAUAACCAGGGUGUAAAUACAAAAAAAAAAACACACACACACAACACAGGGGAAAUAAUUGCAAAGUGAAUUUAACCACCCCCUCCCCCUCCAUCCCAUUGUCAUGUAAGAGAUAAGGAAGAAAACCCCAUAAUGUGUAACGCUUCUUUACAUUAGUAUGUGUGCUCUCUCUCUCGUGCAUGCAGACCCAUAUUCAGAAGUGCUCCGUGAUAUUAAUCCGAAACCCUGUGCCUCCUCUGGUUUGCAAAGAGAUAUUUGUAUCCCUCAUGUUGUCACCACAUGACACCACAUAGACAUGAAUGCUUAUAGCCGUGUGUGUGUGUGUGUGUGUGUGUGCAUUAUAGGAUCAGAUUUUCCAAACUAUGUGUGUGUGUGUGUCAGGAGCAGCCACAGUGGCUAAAGGGCAGGAGGACAGCAAAUGUCUUUUGUUUUGUUUUUUAGGUGGACGAUAUCGAGAUAUAAAUAGAUCAAUGCUGUGAAUGUGAGGCUAACCUGGCUGCUACACACGCACAUUAUAGUUGGAAUAGCCCCCGCCCCCCCCAUGUGUCCAUAUGUUCAUCGUCUCCUAGAAGCCGGCCUUAAAUGUCACAAGCAGUCGAGGGACUUUAAAGGGCCCUAAAAUUAGAUGGUGUGAACAGGCAGAUAAUUCCUGUCCAUAACUCACUAAACAUUCAUGUAUUAAAAACGGGACAAAAGUCUAAAUAUCUGCAUUCUAACACACAUGCACAUGACUCAGUGGGUCAGUCUAACCAGGGAUCAGGCUAACACUAAAAGAGCUAAUCAAAGAACAUCAGCGUUUUGCCUUUCAAAAUAAAGGUCAACAUCUGCACCCUCACGACUCAUGGAGGCUGGCUUCGCGGGGGCCGGCGAGCGCACCGUCCCUCCGUAGAUGUUAUGAUCCUUGUUUCUCUCACAUGUUGACACGUUGGGGGGGGGAUGGGGUCGAAGAUUGUCUGUGAUGUUCUUAUUUUUAUGGUUGUGUUUGGGUCCUGUCCCCACCUCCCCACCCCACCCCACCAUGCCAAAUGUAGUUUGUAAAAAACAUGCAAGUAGCAAGAUGUCUAUGCAAUUUCCCUCCAACUCCCUCCAAAUUAAAAAAUAAAAUAAAAUACAA